AUGUUGAAGAAACUGAGAUCAUCCUUUUCCAAAUCCUCCUCUACAGUAGGAGGAUCCACGAAAUCACUCACAUCGGCACCGACUCCCAUUUCCAGCACCCCAACUCCCACAUCUUCUAUUUCUAUAUCCAAACAGCUGAACCGAGCACGAUCACUGUACAACGAGGGAAAGCAAUCCUAUGAUGAGGAAAAUUACGAGAACUCCUUUCAAUCCUUACGAGAAGCCGCUCAGAUUCAAGAACUGUCCCUGGGAAAAUAUCAUAAGGAAACCAUACAGUCCUACUGGCAAUUGGGACGAGCGGCUUGCAAGUGCGCCGAACCUAUGGAUGCCAACAACAGCAGUAUUAAAUCAAAGCGACACACCGUCCUGCAGGCCUUUCAACGAGCAGCCCGCAUGGCCGAAGGAACCUUUAGUGAAACAGAAUACACGUCGAUGUUGCAAGAUAUGAAGGAGUGUUAUCAAGAAGCCACAUUUGAAGAUUUGGUGGUGGUGGCACCGAUCUGCACGAGUGGAAGUGUCAGUGGCGGCAGUGAUAAUCAAAGCGUCAGCUCUGGUAUCAGUCACCGAAGUAGUGCCAGUCACCGUAGUAGUUCCAGUCACCGAAGUAAUAGUGACGAGAAUGCCUAUCGAAAGGUACACAAUGAUCCCAUGAAGCACAUGCUCAAGGUAUUGGAGCUGGAAAAAAGUGGAGAUGGUUACGUCAAGAAGAAGAAUUACCGCAAGGCAUCGACUAUUUAUGGUCAAGCUUUGCAGCUUCAAGAUGUUUUGGUCGGAGAAGAUAGUUUGGAUGGUGCAGACAUUCGAUGCAAACUGGCACUCUGUUUCAUGCACACGAAUUGCCAACCACAGGCCCGACGAGCCCUGCAAAUGGCCUACACGUGCUUUGUGGCGAACGUUGGCACAGAACACCCUGCCACUUUGGGUGCCGUUGCUAGGAUGAAGAAGAUUGCCAUGUCCAGUGGGACUGCUUUUUCGACCAAGUCCAUGUCAAUAGUGUCGGUGACCUCGGUCACGUCCUCCGUGAGUGGGUUUUGA